AUGGCCCUGGCUUGCUCCUACUCAACUUUUACCAGUCAAGUGACUGAAAUACCUUCUUGUUCCACAGAUAAGGUCAAGUGCUUCUCAGACUACCCAGCCCUGUGGAUCCCCAGGAGCCACAGGGAGACUGUGAGGAUGGGGCUGAGCAGAAUUCUGCACUUGCCAGGGAGGGAACAGUUGUUGGCUAGGUCGGCCUUCGCCUGGAGAGAGAUGUCUAAAGCAAAUUACAGGUUGGAAAUCAGAGUAUUUCAAACAAGGGUGAAAAGGUUGGAGCAGUGAGUCUGCUACAUAAUGAAGAGUCCAGUGAUAACAUCCAGGCUGGGCCAGGAGAGUGUCCACCGUGGGCCCACAUCCGUUCAGAUCCCAUGGCUGCUGUCCCUUCAGGGGGAGCUGGGAGCUUUUCUGCAAGAAGCCGGCCUGGUGGGAUUCUAGGUGGGCGUCGAUACCACCCCCGUUACCGUCCAAGGCCCAAGGCAAGACCUGCUUCAGAGGCGGGAGGUGCUGAACCCGUCCGAGGAACUCCUGCCAGUCAGGCUGGUGAACAGCUCUUAGGCCUGUUCUUUAGAAGCUGCUUGCUUACUGGGGUCAUCCCAGCCAGAGUCUGAGGUCUUGCUUCACAUCCCAAAGCAGAGACUGGGUCUGGUCAAAAAGGCUCCCACCUGCACCUUCACAGGGACCCAAAACAGGGACUUUGUGGUGAUCAGCCACUUGGUGGCUAGGGUGCUCCGGGUCCAGCUCAGUGUCCUGGUGGUGGCAGCAGCUGUCCUGACCCUCGUGGAGACUGCCGCGCUGAGGACUGCUCCCGCUCCACCGUUCCCAGGAGGGGAGACCCUUCCAGCAGGAAUUCCACCUGCUGUCUCUCCCCAGUUCCAAUCUGCAGAAUCAGCUGCCGCGGCUAUAAGGCCUGAGCAGGGCCCUGCCCAGCCACCCAGAGGUCUCCUCCUGCUGGGAAUGUUGUGGGGGGACGUGGAGCCCGCAGCUUCCUCGGAGGGAGGGUGAGAGAGAGCCUGAGGCCUCGAGUCAGCCUGGCCAGUGGAGCAGGCUGAAUGGGGGGCCGCGAACAUGUCCAGCAAACUCAGAGCCCGUGGGCUCCUGCAGACGUUUCCUGGUCCAGCCUGGCCAAACCCGGAGAGCCUUUCUGCUCAGCAGGGGACACCCUGGCAGGAGCCGACGCAGCCCACAGUGGCAACCAGUCCUGAAAGUUAUAGGUCUCCUGAGCUUCAGAACCACAUGGAGGGGCUUCUGAGAGGCCCCCUUGCUGGG